GCGCGCGUGGGUUGGAGGAACAAAGUUUGUGAUGGUCAUGAUAACAAAUGGAUCUCCAAUUGCUUUUGACACAUUUUCCUGUCGUCAGUAGAUCAACGAUAGUUCUGUUCUUCUUGUUUGGUGGCAACAGUCGGAAUCAUGCCAAAGAACGAUACUCAACCUCUUUUAGGAGGAAGUGAUAACUUCUACAACAAUAAAACUGAAGACAAAUCCCAAGUUUCAGUAAUUAAGAAGAAUUUAUCUUAUUUAAUUCAUGUUAUUACUUUUGGUGUUAUUGGAUAUCUUUUAUUCUUUAACCAUGAUUCAAAGGCUGAGAAUGUAACUUUUAAUCCUAAAGGAAAGAAGAAUGUUAUUUUCAUGGUGACUGAUGGUAUGGGACCAGCUUCCUUAUCUUUAGCAAGGUCAUUUAGACAAUUCAGAGAUAAGUUACCAAUUGAUGACAUUUUAACCAUCGAUAGAUAUUUAGUAGGUUCAUCCAGAACCAGAUCAAGUAAUUCAUUAGUAACUGAUUCUGCUGCUGGUGCAACUGCUUUUGCAUGUGGUUUAAAAUCUUACAAUGGUGCUAUUGGUGUUACUCCAAAUAAGCAACCUUGUGGAACUAUCUUAGAAGCACUUAAGUUACAAGGUUAUUAUACUGGUUUAGUUGUUACCACCAGAAUCACUGAUGCCACUCCAGCUUCUUUCAGUUCUCAUGUUGAUUAUAGAUUCCAAGAAGAUUUAAUUGCUGAACAUCAAUUAGGUGAAUACCCAUUAGGUAGAACUGUUGAUUUAAUCUUAGGUGGUGGUAGAUGUCAUUUCUAUCCAAACUCAAUCCCAGGAGGUUGUCGUGGUGAUAAGAGAAAUUUAAUCGAUGAAGCUCAAGAAAAGGGUGGAUGGAGUUAUGUUGGUAAUAGAGAUCAAUUUGAUCAAUUACAAGGAGGUAAAAAUGUCACUUUACCAUUAUUAGGUUUAUUAGCCGAUACUGAUAUUCCUUAUGACAUUGAUCGUGAUUCUAAAGUUUAUCCAUCAUUAGCUGAACAAGUUAAAGUUGCUUUAACCGCUUUAUCCAAAGCUACUGAAGAUUCUGAACAAGGUUUCUUCUUAUUAAUCGAAGGAUCAAGAAUUGAUCACGCUGGUCAUCAUAAUGAUCCUGCUGCUCAAGUUAGAGAAGUCUUAGCUUAUGAUGCUGCCUUCAGAGAAGUGAUUAAAUUCAUUGACGAAAGUGAAACUGAAACCAUUGCUAUCUCCACCAGUGACCAUGAAACUGGUGGUUUAGUUACUGCCAGACAAACUUCUCCAAAUUACCCUGAUUAUUUAUGGUACCCAGAAAUUUUACUCAACAGUCAACAUUCAGGUGAUUUCUUAGCCAGAAAAUUAACCAGUUUUAAAAACAAAGAAGAUAGCAAAGCUUUAGAUAAAUUCAUUAAAGAAGAAAUCUUAGAAAAAGAUAUGGGUAUUACUAAUUAUAAAGAUGCCGAAAUUGAAUUAAUCAAGAAAAAAAUCAAUAACCAAGGUGAAUUAUUAUACGUUUUGAAUGAUAUUCUUUCAUUCAGAUCUCAAACUGGUUGGACCACACAUGGUCAUUCUGCUGUUGACGUUAAUAUUUAUGCUUAUACCAACUCUCCAGCUCUUAAGAAUAAAUUAUAUUCUCAUAGAGCUUAUGAUGGAUUAUUAGGUAACCAUGAAAACAUUGAAAUUGGAUCUUUCAUGGAAACUAUUACUGGUACUGAUCUUAGCGCUAUUACUAAAUUAGUUCAAAGCACUAAACAUUCUCCCGCUGCCAACGUCUUAGCUGAAGCUAUUGAAAAUGGCUUAAUUGGGGAUGAUUUACAUUCUCAUAUAAAAUAAAGUUAGUGUUCCCAAAUUUAUAUACCUUUUAUACA